CACUGACAUUUCUUCUGCUGCAGCCACCAAGUCCCAAACUUCCUCCACACAGCACGAUCCGAAGAACAGCCAUUGACCUGAUUGGGCGAGGCUUCACCGUCUGGGAGCCUUACAUGGAUGUGUCUGCCGUUCUGAUGGGGCUUCUCGAACUUUGUGCCGAUGCUGAGAAGCAACUUGCCAACAUCACAAUGGGGCUGCCUCUGAGCCCAGCAGCUGACUCGGCCCGCUCGGCCAGGCAUGCCCUCUCGCUCAUUGCCACGGCCAGACCACCCGCCUUUAUCACCACGAUAGCCAAAGAGGUGCACAGACACACGGCUCUUGCAGCAAAUACCCAAUCACAGCAGAAUAUGCACACUACAACUCUUGCACGAGCUAAAGGGGAAAUUCUAAGAGUCAUUGAAAUUCUUAUUGAAAAGAUGCCCACGGAUGUUGUGGAUCUUCUUGUGGAGGUUAUGGACAUCAUCAUGUACUGCCUCGAAGGAUCUUUGGUUAAAAAGAAAGGUCUUCAGGAAUGUUUCCCAGCCAUCUGCAGGUUCUACAUGGUCAGCUAUUAUGAGCGGAAUCACAGAAUCGCAGUUGGAGCUCGCCAUGGUUCAGUGGCCCUGUAUGACAUCCGGACUGGAAAAUGUCAGACCAUCCAUGGACACAAGGGACCGAUCACUGCAGUGGCCUUUGCUCCCGAUGGCCGAUACCUUGCCACCUACUCAAACACUGACAGCCACAUUUCUUUCUGGCAGGUAAGGGUAGCUGCUUCGGGGUCCUGAAGGGUAAACUGCAUGACAUGCCUUCGGUA